CCAACGAAUCACAAAUUACUGCGCAAUGGACGUAGAUAAGUCCAAAACAUUGAAUUGUAGUGAUAUGAUUAGUUUAGAAGAAAAAAUUAAACUAGCUUUAGAAGAGAAUGUCAGUUUAAAGUCUCACAUUGAACGUAUGAAUAGUGAAUGCAUGGAACUCAAUGCUACUUUAUUUGAAGAAGCAAAUAAAAUGGUCUAUGAGGCUAUGUCUAAAGAACAAUAUGCUGUUAGACAAGCGAAAGAGAAAAUUCAAGAAAAUGAGAUACUUCAAUCAGAAGUUCGUGCAUUAAAAUCAUUAGUUUCUGAAUUAUCAUCAAGUAUAACAAAUCAAAAGAUCAAAAAUUCUUUAUAUUCUACAAGAAUGAGUUAUGAUAAUAUAGCUACAUAUAAAUCACCGGAAAUUCAUCGUAAACUAGCUACAAGUAAUCUAUUAGAUGUGAAACGUAAUAAUUCUAAAUAUGGUGGAUUAGAACAAUUCAAUCGACGUGAUCUAUUAACAGCGAUGAUUACACAUAGGCCGUGUAAAAAUAAUUUAGAUGUUGAUACAUUUGAAGAAUUUCUAGAAUGGUUACAAAAUGAUUGUCCAUUAGAUUUACCUAAAAUAGCAUUUACAGAAUUGAAUGAACAUUUAUUCUAUGAUCAAGAAGAAAGCAGAAAAGAUGAAACGAUAAAAGACUUUUAUCAAAAAGAAAUCAAUAGACCUAAUCAAACAGUCAAUAAUAAUCAUAUUAAUCAAAGUAUAACUAAUCAUCAUCAUCAUAAUACUAAUGACAGAAGUAAUCAUUCUACUUUAUCCAAUGGUUUCGAUGUACACAACUCUAUGAAUUAUAUGAAUGAGAAUCGAACCAAUGAUAAUAAUAAUAAAGAUGAAAAAAACAUUGAAUCUAAUCAUUCUGGUCAUAAUAUAAUAAGAACUAUUGUUAUUACAUCAGAAAAUUCAACCAAACCAAAUAAUACUGAAAGUGUAAAAGAUAUUUCAACCUAUUCAAUAAACAAUCCUAAUGAUUCACAAAUUGCAUCAAUCCUCGCUGAUAAAUAUUCAUCAUCAUCAUCAUCAUCAUCAUCACUAGUAGUAACGAAUAGUUGUAUUAAAACAAAUUCAUUGAUCAACAACAAUUCAAAUCAUAAUAGAUUAUUGAAUAAACCAUUAUCAAAAUUUAUAUAUCGUUUAUUUUUACAAGAUAUUAAACCAUGUUUUGAAUUUAUUGAUAGAAAACUUAUUGCUUCUAUUUAUAAAGCGUUACCGGAAUUAGGUUUAGAAAUUACACCGAUUACAGCGGCAGAGUCGAAUGGUGGUGGUGGCUUACACCGAAACAAUAAUGUGAACAGUAGUGAUAAUGAAACAAUGAAAACUAAUCGUGAACAUUGUGCAUUAAUGCCAAAAUAUGAAGCUGUAUUCCAUAUGAAAAUUAGAACACCUGAUUCCAAUGAAAUCGAUUGUAAAAUAUCAUUACCAGCAAGAGAUAGAUUAGUUGCUGUAGUUAAUCUAUUUCAAUAUUUAAGUAUUAUAAAACGUGGUUUAGAUUCUAGUCCAAUGCUUAGUGUAAAUAGAAAAACUCAUACAAAUCAUCAUAUCAUUGAAAUCAACCAAUCUAAUCAUUGUAAUCAACAAAUUAAUUAUAAAAGUAUACAACAAUUAAACAACAACAACACCACCAGUAAUGAUGAAAUAGAAAUUAUUCCAAACAAAAUUGAAAUACAUGAACAACAAUUCCGUACAAUACAACGGCAUCGUUUAAAUAUUGCAUUAGCUCGUCUUGGCUAUGGUGCACCAGAUUUAGAAUAG